AUGACAUCUGCAGUGUUUGCCUUCAUCCUGACGUGUUUGAUUGUAGGAGAAACUGCUCAGACAGUUGCUCUGGAGUCGCCUUCAUCUGUUCAUCAUGAGAGACAAGAAACUGGAGAGAGUCUGACUUUACAAUGUGCCUUCAGAAAUCACAGUUCUUCACGAUUUUAUUGGUUCAAGCAACCUCUUGGAGAGAAACUGAGGCUCAUCUGUUCUUUCAACCUACAUGGAACCUUUAAAAGUUUUAACGGUGAGUUUAAGGACAAUCCACGCUUCACACUGGACACUCAAAGCAAUAUAAAUCACUUAACCAUCUCAGAUUUGCAAAUGUCAGACUCUGCAAUUUAUCACUGCAUAGGCUCCGAUAGUUUCAUACUACAAGUUCUAGCAACCAUCACAGUCAGUGUGAAGGGUUCAGGUGUGAGCGUCCCAGCUCUGGUCCAUCAGUCAGAGUCUGAAACCAUCCAGCCAGGAGGCUCUGUGACUCUGAACUGUACAGUCCACACUGGGACCUGUGAUGGAGAACACAGUGUUUACUGGUUCAGAAACUCUGAGGAAGCUCAUCCAGGACUCAUUUACACCCAUGGAGGCAGGAAUGAUCAGUGUGAGAGGAACCCUCACUCACACACUCACACUUGUGUCUACAACUUGCCCAUGAGGAGCCUGAAUCUUUCUCAUGCUGGGACCUACUACUGCGCUGUGGUCUCAUGUGGACACAUACUGUUUGGAAACGGGACCAAGCUGGACUUUGGAGAUGAGGUGAGCUCUGGUGUCUUGGUGUAUUCUCUGAGUGGAGCUUUGAUAUCUGCAGUUAUCCUGAUAGUUGUCCUGGCCUUCUUAUUGUACAAGAUGAACAAAAGAAUCCACUUCUUAUCUCAAGAGAUACAAGCAAGAUUUUCAGCUCCCUCCACAACAAACAUGGAGGGUAACAGAGGAGCAGACGACGUCUGUUAUGCCGCUCUGAGCAUUAACCUGCCCAACACAUCAAGAAGACAGAGGAACACAGCCAGAGAUGAAUGUGUGUAUUCCAGUGUGAGGCAGUAGAAAUCAGUGUUUUAAUGGA